AUGUCUAAGUCUAACCAUAUAAGUACCUUAAUAUAUUAUGCUCUUUCAUUUGAAUCCGAAACACAUCAUGCAACUUCAGAGGCAACAAGAGCUCUCACGAUCAAUAUAAAACGAUGUCAUACAAAUGAAAAGAUCAUUUCCAUUCCCCUUGAAUUUUCAACUACUGCUGUUGGAUCUCUUACUGAUUCAACCUUUACCAUCAUGCAAUAUAUGUUCACAUGCCACGACAUCAGCACUUACUCAUCCCUAACAAUCGAUGAAAAAACAUCUUCAUAUGUAUACAAAACUAUUUCGUCCCUCGCCAGAUAUGAAGAUAUUAUAUUGCAUUUAACUGAUUUUAAUCCUCCUUCAGUUUAUAGGAUGGACGUUCACAGAGCUACAUCAAUUCUCCAAUCUGCGAGGACAUUGCAAUCAACAAAAGAUAAAUAUGAACAGUGUACCAUAUGCAUGGACAUAAUUGUAGAAGGCCAAAUUAUGAAUGCAUUGCAAUGUACUCAUAUCUAUCAUCACCAAUGCAUUACUGACUGGAUCAAAAUAAACGUAAGUUGUCAUGUAUGCAAAGAGACAAUCUCCUAA